AUGGCAGCGAUCACGGACUUAGGUUUUAUGUAUCGCUGGUUUAAGAACUGCAAUCUGGUUCGCAACCUUUCAGAGAAGUAUGUUUUCAUCACUGGUUGUGACUCUGGCUUUGGGAACAUGCUGGCCAGACAACUGGUUGAACGGGGCAUGCGGGUGCUGGCUGCUUGCCUUACUGAGGAAGGGGCUCAGAAACUUCAGCAGGAUACCUCCUACCAGCUGCAGACCAUCCUACUGGAUAUCACCAAGACUGAAAGCGUCAAGGCUGCGGCCCAGUGGGUGAGGGACCAAGUGGGAGAGCAAGGCCUCUGGGCCCUGGUAAACAAUGCUGGUGUUGGUAUUCCCAGUGGUCCCAAUGAAUGGCUGACAAAGGAGGACUUUGUAAAGGUGAUCAACGUGAACCUGGUGGGGACAAUCGAUGUGACCCUCCACAUGCUGCCUAUGGUCAAGAAAGCCCGGGGCAGGGUGGUCAAUAUGUCUAGCUCUGGUGGUCGUGUGGCUGUCAUUGGUGGUGGCUACUGUGUCUCCAAGUUUGGCAUUGAGGCCUUCUCUGACAGCAUCAGGCGUGAGAUGCACUACUUUGGGGUGAAGGUCAGCAUCAUUGAGCCGGGAAACUACAGGACAUCCAUUCUGGGCAAGGAGGGCAUCGAUAAGAAACUGAAGAAGAUGUGGGAGCGACUGCCUCAGGAGACCCAGGAAAGCUACGGAGAGGAGUACUUCCGUAUCUAUACUUACAAGCUGAACAACAUGAUGCAGCUGGCAGAGCCGAGAAUCACUGAUGUCAUCAAUAGUAUGGAGCAUGCCAUUGUUUCCCGGACUCCUCGUAUCCGCUACAACCCUGGCCUGGAUGCCAAACUACUCUACAUUCCCUUGGCAAAGUUGCCCACCCCUCUGACAGAUUUCAUCCUGAGCCGGUACCUUCCAAAGCCAGCAGACAGUGUCUGAGCUGGGAAGGUUCCAGGGCUGAAUGGUGGAAUGCACAGCGGGGGAGGGAGGAAGGACUGUGGUGGUUUCAGAAGUCCUAGGGGUAUUGGUGACAAAGGACACUGAGCUCAGCCUCCUCUCCCUCACUGGG